UGCCGGCUGCCGCGGCCCGCGCCCCGCCAGCAUGUCGGACCGGCUGCCCUACAAAGUGGCUGACAUCAGCCUUGCAGACUGGGGUCGCAAGGCCAUUGAGAUUGCAGAGAAUGAGAUGCCAGGGCUGAUGAAGAUGCGGGAGAUGUAUGCUGCAUCAAAGCCGCUGAAAGGUGCACGUAUUGCCGGUUGCCUUCAUAUGACCGUGCAGACGGCAGUUCUCAUAGAGACCCUUAUAGAGCUGGGAGCUGAGGUACAAUGGUCAAGCUGCAACAUUUUCUCCACUCAGGACCACGCUGCAGCUGCUAUUGCAAAAGCUGGUAUCCCUGUGUUUGCCUGGAAAGGGGAGACCGACGAGGAAUAUUUGUGGUGCAUUGAGCAGACCCUGUACUUCAAGGAUGGGCAGCCCCUCAACAUGAUUUUGGAUGAUGGUGGAGAUCUUACCAACCUAGUUCAUACCAAAUACCCACAGCUCUUGAAAGGAAUUAGAGGUAUUUCAGAAGAGACAACCACUGGAGUUCAUAACCUGUACAAGAUGAAGGCCAACGGGACCCUGAAAGUGCCAGCUAUCAAUGUUAAUGACUCUGUCACCAAGAGCAAGUUUGAUAACCUUUAUGGUUGCAGAGAGUCCCUCAUUGAUGGCAUCAAACGUGCUACAGAUGUCAUGAUUGCUGGAAAAGUAGCAGUUGUGGCAGGUUACGGUGAUGUGGGCAAAGGCUGUGCUCAGGCCCUGCGGAGCUUUGGAGCCAGAGUCAUCAUCACAGAAAUCGAUCCCAUCAACGCACUGCAGGCAGCCAUGGAAGGUUAUGAAGUUACAACCAUGGAGGAGGCCUGCAAAGAAGGCAAUAUCUUUGUUACCACCACCGGCUGCACUGACAUUGUUCAGGGCAGGCACUUUGAACAGAUGAAGGAUGAUGCCAUAGUGUGUAAUAUUGGCCAUUUUGAUGUGGAAGUUGAUGCAAAGUGGCUGAAUGAAAAUGCAGUAGAGGCGGUGAAUGUUAAACCUCAGGUGGAUCGCUAUACACUGAGGAAUGGCCGUCAUAUUAUACUGCUGGCAGAGGGCCGACUGGUCAACUUGGGCUGUGCCAUGGGUCACCCUAGUUUUGUUAUGAGCAACUCCUUCACUAACCAGGUGCUGGCACAGAUAGAGCUGUGGACCAACAGUGACAAAUACUCUGUCGGAGUCCAUUUCCUGCCAAAGAAGCUGGAUGAAGCUGUGGCUGCUGCUCAUCUGGAUAAACUGUGUGUGAAGCUGACGAAGCUGAGUGACAAGCAGGCCAAAUACCUAGGCUUAUCAAGAGAUGGGCCAUUCAAGCCAGACCACUACAGAUACUGAGCAGGUGGCACUACCCAAAGACCAAAGUGCAGGGAUACAACCUUCCAAAGCUCUUGUGUGUGCUGGACUUCUGACAACAAGCCCUUUGCCAUACUCCUCUCAGUGUUGCAGAGCUUCAGGGCCUUAUUUCUUAGUGAAAGAGGAUCACUGUGACUCUUGGAAUUAGAAUUGGUUACUUAGUGAUUGUCAUGGUGAAGAGGAUCCUACGCAUGUUUUAUUGGCUCCUUCUGUCCUGCUCCCCUUAUUGAGAAAUUAGAUUGCUAAAUGAGAAUGCAGAUUCUUGUUGAACAUGUGGCUGACCAGCCUCUUUGACCAGACUAAGCAGUAAGAUGGGGAACGGUUUCUACAGGGACAUGCUUUCUGCUGUGCCCUGCUCAAAUUAGAUGAAUCCUCUUAGGGGGCUGGCAGUGUCAGGCUUCACAAAGGUGCCCUAGCUGAAGUGCGUGUUGUGAAACUGGAGGAAGUGUGGAGGAGUAUAGGUUGCUUGGUCUCCUUACUAUAAAAUCAGUUUAAUCUCCUACUUGGACAUUAGGGCUGGAGUGCUUUUCUGGGUUAACAUACUCCAUUGGUUUUGGUCAGAAUGAAAACUCUUCUGUGCUUCUUACAUACCAACUUGAGGAGGGGUGAGGCAAGAGCGUCUUUUUUUAGCAGCCUUCUAGUGUGUUGUGAACAGCUGAGAAGCCACUGAGGGGAUGGUUAGGUUUAGGGACCUUGUUUGAUCUCUGAAAACACCAGUAGCACACUUCUCCCCCCAACCUGAUUUUUCUGAGUUGUCAUGUCUGCUGUAUCUUAUUUGUCACUGACUCAAAGUGCUUUUAUUAAAGAUCUGACUGUGGCCUGA